CGAUCCCGUCUCCCGUGCAGGAUGCCUCAUCACGGGCAUCGAGGAACAGCACUUUGACCAAGCCUUGUUUGGCACAAUCUUCAUAUCGCGGCUCGCGCGCGUUGCCGUUGACAAGCGGCGACCGGUACAACGUACGUACCGAUCUUUUGCGAGGCGCGUCACGCUGCUCCUGACAACGGGACGACCCCCCAAGGUGCUAGUAGUGGGCCUCCACUGCCUGUAACUGCACCGCCACGCACUAGCAGCUACGAGCCGGCGCUGCGUGCCGACCGCAGUGCCCACUGCGGACUGGAUACCUCUUGCAGUGUCUCAGCUGUUAUAGAACGCUAGCCAGGUUCUUGCGGGCCAAGAAUAGCACCACCGAAUGCACUGGGCCUCAGGGCGCCAGACCGCCCACAUCAGCCUUCUUCAGCGCCCGCCGCGUCCAACGCUCUCCUGCCAUCGUGAUCGCGGUCCUCAAUCUCCCCUGCGUUUUUUCAUUUCCCCCAUCACUUCCCGCAUUUUGUUCCGUGUGUCGUCAGGACGCCAUCGCAUUAUCAUCCGCGCGCGUCCGUGCACACUUCCAUCCCAUCUUCCCCUCCUGCCCUCCAUCGCUAUCCGCCGCGACGGGCUCCAACGGCUGCAUCGUCAUUCAUUCCAGCGCCACCUUCGCUAUCACUCUGUCUUGGGCGGAAGCAUGACUGAGAAACCCACCCGCUGCCCCUAGACGCCAUGGAUAGCCCAUUCAACCAGGGCUUCGGGCGCGGCCAGUCUCCCACGUCGCCGCAGACUCCCGGCGGCGCCAGCGCCUACCAGGUCAACGUGAAUCGAACCAAGACCCGAAAAUGGGUGGAAGCCAAGAUCCAGAGCUACGAUGGCGACGACUGGGGCGCCGACGAAUAUGAUGACGAGGACGACGAGCCUGAGCCUACACCCCAAGUCCCGCCCGCAAAGCAUAAUGCUCCGCUGCCCUCAGCCCACCCCGAACAGCAUGCAGCUCCGGCGCCCCCUACGGUAUCGUCUGUCACUGGCAGCCUGCCGGCGCGUCAGACGCUGCACACCCCCGCGGCCGGUCCAUCACCCCAACAGCCUCGACCGGCAGGCGUCACGUCGCCUGUGGCGUCAGACCCGUCCAGCAUGGGGAGCCCGGUUGAUCGCGAUAGGGUAGUCUCCCCACAAUCCACCAUCGCCGGCAUCUCUGUCGCAUCGAACACGCAGCCUCUUGGGGCUGCUGCUGAAGAGACGCCUGUUGGGAAGCGUUCCGACACGACACACCCUCCGUCCGAGGCCGACAAACAGCCUCCUAAUAAGCCCGCAAUCGAAGAGCGACUCACAGAGGUGGAGGCAUCUGAUCGCCACGAGACCUCUGCUAAGGUCGGGGAAUCCGAAGCGAAGAACAAUCGUGGUGCUGGGUUUGACGAGAGCGACCGCCGCCGGUUCUCCGUCAGCCCUACGCUGCCAGCCGUCGCCCAGAAGGACAGUGACGUGUCGUCGCUGGCAUCGCCAACAUGCUUCGCGCAAUACGAUGCCGAAUUGGCCAAACCCCAGACUGCUGCCGCCGCCGUGUCACCGCCCGUUACUGAUGAAGCGCCAGUUGUUCUAACAGAGUCUGUGCCGGCACCGGCGAAUGAACAGCUCGGCGAUGUGGCGAAGACGUCUACUGGCGACAAGUCACCCAUUGCUGACAUGGAUAGGCCGAGCUGCACCGACUCUGCCACUCACGACCCCAGCUUUACUGGGGUCAACGAAUCCGCUGCGCGUCCCACAGCGCCAACUGCGACCGACUCGACCGAGGACCCGGGUGUUUCGCCUGUCUCGGAGCCGGGCGUGGGGCCUCACAGCACGAUUGGCUCGUCAGUUUCUGAGCCUCCAGAGCUCAGACCUGACGGUGGUCUCUCUGCCAUUCCUCCCUUGAGAACGCCCAGCCCCCGUGGGCCUGCAGAAAAACAAGUCGAGCUUGCUCGGCCGCUCUCAUCAGAGGCAGUCAAGUCACUCACGGUGGAAACCACUCAACCACAUGUCGAGUUCGAUAACACCCCACUCCUUCGGCAGAGCACGCUGAGCACAGUGAACGAGUCUCCCAUGAAAGAUAACGAUGCCUUGAGCGAAGAGAUUCUCAGAUCACUCAGCCCUACGCGCUCGGGCCCUUCAGACGCCGUGCUUGGCGACGCCGACGCCUCGAAACUGCAGCCGGGCGAACGAAACGUGGCAAGGGAGAGCAGCUAUACCCUCAAGGACUACGACAGCUACUGGGCCGAUACAUCGAAACCCGAGCCCAUUCCCGAAUGUGAACCGCCCACGGAGGCAGGGCAACCAGCUGUUGACACAAAGAUUCUGCCGGCCGGCCCACCUGAAGAGGCCAAAGCAGAAAUCAAGGCCACGUCACCUCGUGAAGCCGGCCUAAGGCGCAAGUUUUCUUGGGAGGCCGAUGAGACGGAACAGAACCGGUCGCCUGCUCCUGCUCCCGCUGCUGAAGCUGUUCGCCUCCCCGCCACAACGACUGCUGAUGCUGCAGGUGACGCCCUAGAGGCGGAAGCGUCUAAGAUGCAGGAACCCGCCAGUUCGGCUGCCGUCGCAGCGCAGCAUGCCACAGAGGCCGAGCCGCCCUCGCCCGUGUCUACCAGCGACGAGCACGCCCGUCUUGACAAUAGGCUGUCUCUGGCAGACGAAAAGGCCGUGUCGCAGCUUGCCCCUACCCCGCCUCCGGAGGAUCAUCCGGCGACUGCAGGUCCGCCAACAGCCGACGUUACGGCGUCGCCAGCUCCGACACAGCCGCAGCAGCAGCAGACACAGGUCAUGACAUUUCGCGAGAUCAUGGGCUUGUCGAGCUCGACCGACAGGAUCGACAAGUACAACGAGACGCGAGAAUAUUUCGCCGCAAACGACUCGGGGCUGGACAACUGGCUGGUGACCAUCAAAGACCAGCACCCAGAGUACGCCAACGGCGCCGUGCCGUACGGUGCUGCCGUGGCUGGUCGACAGUCAGCGCCAGGGUCGUCCAACGAGUCUCCCGUUGGGACGCAGCCUCCAUCACAACAGCCUUACUACCAGCAAUACCUCAAUGCCAGCUCCCCGACAGCUGGCCCGUCGCCGACGUCGCGCUCCCGGCUCGGCGGCCUGCAGAUGCCCUCGCAAGGAAGCGGCAGCGCAUUCGGGCACUCGGGCAACCAAAUAGGCACGAAGAGCAAGGAGUUCAUGCACUCGGCUGGCAAGAUGGGCAAGGGUCUGCUAAGCAAGGGCAAGAGCAAGUUGCGAGCGAGCGGGGACAAGGACGAAGCCAGUCAUGCUCCAGUCCAGGAGCCGAAGUCCAAGAGUGAGAAGCGCAUGUCUUGGGGACUUGCCCUGGGUUCGUCGCGCCCUCGUCAUGAUGGGCCGGCCCCACCGGCCGACGUGGGCACCGACACGAGCUCCAACAUGGACAAUGCGCCGACGGUCGCUCCACAGAUCCCUCAGCCCACGCUAAUGUCACCACUCAAUUCCUUGAGCCCACCCGGGCAGACGGGCUCGUGGGGCAUCAUCGAGCCGCCGCCCGCCAUGGGCCACGGCCAGCAACCUCCACCGUCGUCGCCCCAUCCCGCUGGACCGGGCAGCCGGGCCACGGCCGGCCUGAGCAAGUUGGAGAUUCCCCCGGGCGGCCAACCGGUGGCGGGCGACUCAGCCAGGGGUUGGCAGGUCGUCAAUGCGCAGCCUAUGGCCGCCAAGCCAGCGCAGUCCGACCAACGGGCGACCGAGGCGCGGGCAUCGGAAGAAUGGGUGGUCGUCCCGCGCGACUCUGGAGACCACCCCAUAGGAUUUGCCGGUGUUCGGGAGGCCAACGUGCCUCCUCAGCCGGCUCCGCCCGUUACGCAAGAUAGUGGCGUAGUUCUACAGCCUGAGCCUUCGGCUAAAGGCGCUGCGCCGCAGCGUAAGACCUCCUUCGUCGGCCUGCCACCUAUUCGCCGGACCUCGACGUUUGGACUCACCACCAAGGUGAAGGGGGCGACCGACCGCUUCUCGUUGGAUGACGAUGAGGACAACGUGCCCGGAGGUGCGGUUGUAGAGCGGGCAGCUGCGUCGCGGCCUUCGGUCGACUUAGAUAAGUCACUACCGCCGGCGCCGGUCGACCAAGGGGCAGCAUUGGUCGAGUCGGCGGCGCAUCCGAGUGCCAGUGCCUCUAUUCCACAAGCUGAGGUUGCAGAGGGCACCGGGACUCAGAGGACUCAGGGCACUGAUACGCAGCGAACCCUCGUUGAUGCCAACGCGUCAGGUCAGCCACCUGCAAAGGAGGAUGCGCAGUUCCAAGAGUAUCCUGCUCCAUCCUCGGCUGCUCGACAAGCGCCUCAGCAGACGAUGGCGCCGCCGCCAAAGUCGCCAUUGAUGACCAAGGCUCAGAAAAUGUUCCCUCAAGGCAAUUGGUCUUUGGAGGAAAGCCACCUGGCCGAGCCGCUGCAUGAGAGAACGCGAAACCGUUCUGGCACCGCUGGCUCUCAGCAUACGCCGACAUUCGGUUUCGAAAAGGAAAUGGGCAUAACGAUGCCGCCGCCGCCGACACCGCCACAGCGGCAAAGGACCUCGGACGUGCCGCCGUCGUCUGCACAGCGAUGGCCGGAGCUAUUCCAGCGCCGCCCCGAAUAUGAGGGCCAGCGCCCGAGAGCAAAUUCGGGGGCCGGCCGGCCUUAUCCGCAACAGCACCCUAUGAUGAACGCGCGAGCCGACGUGGUGAAUCCCAGGCAGCAGGCAAGCGAGUUUGCCAUCGCUGGGGUUGGGCCUCCGGAGGAGGAGCGCGGCCGAAGCAAGCGCAGUUCUGGCAUGUUCAAGGGUAUCGGCGAACGGAUUUCGAGGGCGACGUCGAGAGAGCGGCGCCCCUCGGCCGCAGGCCAACACCCUAUGCAGCUCGGAGAUGUUCGCGGAGAUGAAGUCUCUGAGAAUAGCGUUGCCCUGAGUGAUGCCGCGGAGUCGAGGAAACGGCGCCCGAGUUUCAUGUUUGGGCGGAGCGGCCGCGCUUCCAUGGACCAGAGCUCCUUGCGUACUGAGAGCAUCAACGGGCCGGACCAAGCGAGGCCUCGUGGCCCCGACAGUCCUCCGCCUCCGGCGGAGCGCAGACGAUCGCUCUUUGGUGCGGGCAUUGGCAGCAAGCUGGUACCUGGUCAAUCGCCCAACUCCAGCGUCGCGAAUGACUCAAGCUCUGCCAUCGCUACCACCGUCGAGGACGGUACACCAAAGAAGAAGCGCUUCUCUAACCUCGCUAAGGUUUCUGGCAUCAAAGAUAUAUUCCUUCGCCCGGGCCACAGCGAGAAAUCCAAGGACCAGAUUCAAGAGACACCUGGCCCCGGCGUUCAAUUGCAGGGACCUGGAGCGGUGAUGCCACCUGCUGCGCCCUUCCACGAGCGCGCGCGGAGGGGUAGCGCGGCCAACUCGCACGACCUGCCGCCGCCGCAGCCUGUAGUGGCUGAAGGUGGCCUUGAGGAGCGCGGCCGCAGGGGAUCUGCGUCAAAUCUCUUCUCAGCAUUCACGGGACGGAGAUCUGAUUCCAAAACUCGGCAACAAGGAGAUGUGUCUUUGGGUCACAAUCAGCCAGUGGUCAGCCAGCAAAGUGUACAACACCCACACGGCAUGGCUGUGUAUCCGCGACCGACUGGCAAUGUUUCCCCGGCUCCGUCUGGCAUGUUGGCUCCUGCCACUCCUCCCAGUCCGCAAGUUAGUCGGACAUCAACGGACCGCAGCCGGCCAGCUCAGCCUACUGCUCAGCUUCAGUACGGACAACAGACACGCCCCUCACCGCUGGGUCCUGGAUCGCCGGCCGCACGUGGAGGUUCCCCCUCGGCAGUCAGACCACAUGAUCUUGCGAAGACGGACAAGCCGGUGUCGUUGCACUCUCGCAAGCCAUCGACACCUCAAAUGUCGCAGAGGGAGAUGGUUUUGUCAGAGACGGACCGCCAAGGACCCUUUCUUGGCAUUGGAGCCCAACACGAUGCGGACGUUGAGAUCCUACGGACAGCGACUGUCUCGCCAGAUUUGUCCAUCGCGUCUGACGGUAAAGCAGAGCAGCAACCCGUGCAUACGGGUAGCAACGCCGGGAACAUGGGUACUCCGCGGCAGUCUACUGCCACACCCGGCGGCUACGUCAACGCUCCUCUAGGAGUUCGGGCACCGCGAGGAGAUGCUCCCAACGGUCUUCCACGCGAGAGAGCGGGCGCGGACCAUACACCGCUCGGUAUCAUUAACGCACAAGGUUCGCCGGGCAGCGACUUAGGACGUCACGCUCGCAAUACCAGCAAGGAAGCUACAGCGGGGGGUGGUUCUCAGUUGAAGCAAGCGUCUCCAGUCCCAGUGUUGGAUCCGCAGCCAGGAUCCUCUCCUGCGCUUCAACCUCAAUCAGCCCGUGCUCAGGAGCGUGCGCCUGUAGGGCUUGGAUUGCGUCAGCAUCUUCAACCUAUGCACCCCCAGCGCAUGCCGCCACCGCAGAUGCAGCAGAAAGGAGCAGCAGCGCCAGGUGAACCGCAGCAACUUCCCAUGCAGCCGCACUUAGUAUCCGCUGGAACCAGGCUGCCGUCACCCCCGAGCCAGCAAGACCAGGGCAGUCAGGCGACUUCUCGAUGGAAGGGCUUGAAGAGCCGCGUGUCUGGCCAGAUGGCGCAGAUAGCCCCGCAGAAUCAAGCCAAGCAAGAGAAAGGUGAAAAAAGCGACCGUCUGUCUGGCUCGAAGCUGAUGGGCGCCUUUAAACGAGGACCAAGGCAAUCAGAGCCCACUGGGCGGCCAGAUCCUCAGUGGCAGCCAAACAAGCAAGCUCAGCCGGUGCAAAGGCCUGCACAGCCCUAUCCGAUGGCGAAUGGCCCAUCCGCAGGCCAGCCGCCGCUGGGCCAGGCGAUGGGCCCGCCGCCUCAGCAAGUGCCACAUCAGAGGCAUGUCUCGAUGCCCGUGCAAGGCCCCAUCCGGCAACUCGGCCGGCAGCCCGCCCAACAGCACGCAGCUGUUUUGCAACAGGAGCCUGUCUAUGAUCAGGUGCCUAUUCCUCAAGGGUAUAGCACAGUCCGAGGCGAGGGAAUGGUGGCCUCUUCGCCGUACAAUAUUCCGCGACACAUGUCUCAGGGGCACUACCAGCAGCAGCAGCGCCAAAUCAGCUUGGAACAGGGAUCGCCGCGGCAGUCACCCCCGGUAGGCCAGACAGGAUUCCCGAGACGAGGGUCUGCGCAGUCGCCUCCUAUGGGUUCCUCGCCCUCGCCGCCGUCCACGAUAGAUCGGCGCGAGAGCGUGGGUAUAAACGAUGUGCUGGCUCAUCAGCCAAGCACCAACUCACUGGCCGCGGGUGGCAGUCGGCCGGGCGACACGGAGACAGGAGUCCACCAGGGCCACUUGCAGCCCAAAGUGAGCGGACAGUUUGUGGCGGGUCACUCGAGCGAUGGCAGCCACAUGUCAGUUGAUGGGGCUACUGUCUCGCAGCAGUCUAAGUCACCCGACCUGAGCUUGACAGACCAGACGGGCCCUCGAAACAGUAAUCUCGGCAUCGAUGUGGACAAGGCCAAGAAGCUUGCAGAGGAGAACAUUUACGACGCGACACCGCGGCUGAAUAAGACGAGCACGGCGGGGAGUCAGAAGCAGAGGCCCGCCCAGAUGUUGCGAACGGUGUCGGGAGAGACGAUUGAUUCGCUGGGCGAGGUGAAGCAACACGCCAUCGUGAUCCAUGACGCCGGUGGCGAGGAGACACCGACGGCAGAGCUGGACGACACGGCGGACCGAUACGAGCGCAGCCGGCGGCUUGAAUCGCAGGAGGAGAAGAUCUUGUACAAGCCCGAGGAUGCGGAGGACUUUGCGCCCCAGAUGAGCGCGACGAGCUAUCCCGGGCAGGAGUGGAACCCGUACGGCGAGCCUGGGUUCGGGGAGUGGAAGGACGAGUAGCAGGACCGUCGAUGGAUGUAUCAACAGCAUUCGUACAUGUCGACGUGUUUGGAGGCCGAUGGCGGGCAGGUGGACAUUUUUUUCUUCUCCUUUUCGUUUCGUUGGAUACCAAUUUGACAAGCCUUUAUAGCGCGUAUAUAGGAGAGAGCGGUGCUCUAGAUGGCAAGCCGUGACUUGCACAACAUAUAUAAUAACCCAUGUGCAAUAUCUUGCUGGUCUUAUUCGGCAAGGAGCCUACCGCCCGGGGUCUUGACUAACUGCUAACCUUAUAUUGCCC